AUGUCCCCUCGAUUCAGACUUGUAUUCUUCGUUCCCCCCUCCGCCGUAUCGGCCUGCAAGACGGCUAUCUUUUCUGCAGGUGCAGGCCGUUACCCCGGCCAAGGGAACUACACGGAGUGCUGCUGGACCACUCCAGGCACCUCCCAGUUCCGUCCUGGAGAUGCAGCUAACCCGCAUAUCGGGAAGGUGGGCGAAUUGGAGACAACGGAGGAGGUCAGGGUAGAGGCAUUGUGUGCUAGUGAGGAUAUUGCCCGGCAAGCUGUUGAGGCAUUGAAGAAGGCUCAUCCGUAUGAGCAGCCUUCCUAUGGUGUUUAUAGAAUGGAGAAUUUUUGA